AUGAUGACAUUGUUCCGCCCUAAAACUUCUCAUCCUUCCUCUUCAGCAUCAGCUUUUCUUAAGUUUCUUCUUCAACAGCAAAUGGGUAUUUCUGCUUUCAAGAGCUGCAGCAGCAAGUUUUCCAAAGAAGGCCCCAGAAACCACAUUUCAAUCCUACGGUCGAAUCAUGGUAUUGAGGAUGAGACCAUGAUUGCUGCAGAAGAUGGAGGAAUGCAACGACAUUUACAAGUUACAAGUCAGCUGGAUCUAACUGCAGAGCAUAUUGUCGCUAGAGGUGGUUCAACUAACACAGACUUAGAAAAUCCUGCAUCUAAAGAGGUUAAAUUGCCUACAGUACAUGUGGGGCCUGUUGGUAUGUUGGUCUGUCAACCUGAGACCGUGGAGCAAGGGAGUAGUGACAUGAGAGAUCUGCAAGUAGAAAUGAUUGCCCAAUAUCCUCAAAUGAUUGCCCAAUAUCCUCAAAUGCAUGCCUCAGUCGAUGGUGAACUAGCAGAGCAUCAACUGGUGCCAUUUGUGAAGAAAUCACCUGUUUGGGACAUGUUUGAAUCACUGGAAAUGGUGCUGUUUGCCACAGUGGUUGAGAAGACUUCUGAGUUGCAACUGGGUGACCCUCGUACUGUUUUCAAUAACUAUUUGGAAACUCUUGCUGACCUGAAAAGCUAUGGAUUUGAUGUCGAGGCAGUAGUUUAUCGUAUUAAUGGUCUAUUGUCAAUCAAAGAAAGCCAAGAACAGCUUCAGAGUAGAUCAAAAGAAGUUGAGAUUCAGAUUGCAGAGUGUACUCAUGACAGAACCAAAUUGGAAGAGGAUAUCGAGGACAGUCAACAAGAAGAUACGCAAACUAGAAGAGGAGCGAGGAUUGGCCUUGUCAAUGAAGGAGAGCAGAGAGUCAGAGAUUACUAA